GAAGACGCGGACUGGCCUUCGUCCUGGCGCGCUCGCACGCGGGAAACCGAGUUCGAACGAGGGGUACGAGCAACCGGCACUCCGAGGAAAGUGGAAGUGGCUCGAUGCAAGCAUCUCGAUCACAAAGAGCUCGAGGACGAUCGGCUGGCUCGUUGUUUUUCUUCGUUUCGGGAGUUCGGGUUGACCGCGCUCGUUUUGGCGUCGUGUGCCAAGUUGAGCUGAACUUCCACUGAGGGGACCGAAGCGCGAGUGUGGGAGAAAGGGGCGGUGUGUACAAGGGUGGCAGGUAUCGACUCUUCGGGAAUCCUCAGCUACCGUAGUCUUCAGUGAUAAAAGUCAACUAUUCUUCCGUCGGGAUUCUCUUCCUUGAUUGGAGGCAAAGCUCGUGGAAGGUCUGUGGAAAGCUCUUCAAAAUGUUGGAGCUACGAUUGGUACAGGGUAGUCUGCUCAAGAAGGUCUUAGAUGCAAUCAAAGAUUUGGUGACAGAUGCUAAUUUUGACUGUUCCGAGUCUGGCUUCUCCCUUCAAGCCAUGGAUUCCAGUCACGUAGCCUUAGUGGCUUUACUGCUCAGGUCCGAUGGUUUCGAGCAUUACCGUUGUGACCGCAAUCUAUCCAUGGGAAUGAACCUGACAAACAUGUCGAAAAUGCUGAAAUGCGCGGGAAAUGACGAUAUCAUCACCAUUAAGGCGGAUGAUGGUGGUGACUCUGUAACAUUCAUGUUCGAAAGCCCGAGUCAAGACAAGGUAUCUGACUUUGAAAUGAAGCUGAUGGACAUCGACAGCGAGCAUUUGGGUAUUCCUGAGACAGAGUACCAUGCAAUUGUGAAAAUGCCUUCAGCUGAAUUCGCUCGUAUUUGCCGGGAUCUAAGUACCAUUGGAGACACAGUUGUGAUAUCUGUCUCGAAGGAUGGUGUGAAGUUCUCUACAUCAGGAGACAUUGGUAGUGCGAAUGUUGUCUGUCGACAAAAUAACAGUGUUGACAAUAAGGACAACGAGACCGUGAUUGAAAUGAACGAGCCAGUGUCGCUGACAUUUGCUCUUCGUUAUCUCAACUCUUUCACCAAAGCAACCACACUUUCUAACACCGUGACACUCAGUAUGUCCAAAGAGUUACCUGUUGUUGUAGAAUACAAGAUUGCAGAAAUAGGACACAUUCGGUUUUACCUGGCUCCCAAGAUUGAAGACGAGGAGGAGACUCAGGCAUAGGUACUCCAAUAUGUAAGUAGGUGGCGAGGACUCUGUAUCGGAAAUUUCUUGUUUCUGAAUUUAAAAUUCUGGAUACUGCAACGAGUGUGUCACAGGCAAUUCAUUUUCGGACUGCAGUAAUGC